AUGUAUCCCACGCAGUCACGAGGGUUGGUGGGAGAGAUGGAAGAAGUCGAAUCAAUGAUUGCGGAGGCCCGGCAGAGUUUGCUGCAAGGGCCUGCUGCAUGCGACCUGCAGCGGGAGAAGCGCGAUAUGAUGAUCUCCGAAAGACUGCCUCGGACGGUGGAGCGGCUCCAGAGGCAGCCCAUGACGCCUCAGGUGGCCGCCCGCUGCGCAAAGACGUUUACGGUCGUGCAAGACUUCGUGGACACGUGUCUGCGCUCGCCACUGCUCGGAGAAGGCGACAGGGCUCGAGACCUCCGCCCGCUGCUGCAGACCCUCCGCUUGCUCUUCUCCGCUGCCGCACCGGCGACGACUGCGGCGGAAGGACGGCACCACUUCAACCGCGACCAUGGCAAACCCUUGCUACGGCAGUGCCACGGUUGUACUCGGAGGUUUUGGCCGGAUGAUGAGCAGGGCACAUGGGUCGGUCCCGACGCCAUCGGCUGGUGCAUCGACGUUCUCGACAUCCCUGGGGAGCUCGCGCAGUACCAGUUCCCCGCCCCGCCCCUCGACGACGCUGCCGUCGGGUGGACCGCCUCGGCUGCCGACGCGAACAUGUGGCAUCGAGUGACCGUCGUCGGCCGUCCUUCCGGCGUCGGCGACGGUGGCGAUAGCAGUAGCAGCACCGGCGCCGACGUCGUCGGCGAUGAGGAGCGGCGAGAGGGAAAGUACCGGGAGGAGGCGAUGCAGCCGGGCAGCGGCGGCAGCGGGGGCGACUCGGCGGGGGCGGUGGCGGCGGAGACAGUCCAUCAGCCGCGCAGCCCGUCAUCCUUGUUUCUGGUGGAGUUCGAAAGCGGUAGGACGGCGAGCCUGGACCUCUCCCGGCUCAACAUCAAGUUCGGGGAGGCCGGCGGCAUGGCGACGCUGGCGCAGCGGCUGACCGGCGGCCGGCCGUCCUUCGGCGAGGUGCUGGAGACGUUCCGGGUCGGCAAAGCGCUGAGGACGUACGCCUCCUCCAGGGCGGUGAAGGAGACCAACUGGACCCUAAAAGAGUGCGCCGCGGCGGCGCUGUUGUCGGUCCCCCCGGAGUCGAUGCGGGCGGCCACCAAGGUCGAGAUCGCGGAGUGCGUGUCCAGCGUGAGGGACCUGGCGCUGACCCUCAGCGGCGGUGGCAGUGCCACAGCGAAUUCGCCCCUGGUCCUGCUGCAGGAACUGGAGCAGCUGGAGCUGGCGAUGGCCAUGAAGGUGUUCCGAUGCCCGUCCCUGGAGAGACGCCUGGCCGGACUGAUGCAUAUAUGCGGCCUUGUCACUCUUGCCGAGCGGGGACCGGGGGCGGUUACGACGAACGGGUCGCUCCCUCCCGCGGGCGAGAGCCGGACCGUAGCCUGGGCUACCGCGAGGGCGAUGGAGGACUGGCUUGUGGAGGUCGGUUUCCUGGAGGAGCUGUUCGGCUGCAGCAUGCACGUGGAGCUUGCCAAGCGGUCGGAACCCAUACUUGCUUUCCUCGCGAAACGGAACGCCGUGAGCACCAGCCAGCUUGACCUCCUUUGGAGCAGCACCGUUGGCAAGCACGAGGCCGUCGUUCGGGUGAUGUCUCCGGUGGUCCUCAACUUGGUCCCGUUCCUGUCGCCGCACAAGCGUCUCCAUCUCUUCUCGUGCGUGGCCCGGACCCCGUUCUCCAAGUACACGGAGCAGACGCUGCACUUGGUGUACCUUUUUACGGUCAAAGCCUUGGAGGCGCACAGGACAACAAAGUCGUCGCCGGCCAGCAAGCCAGGGGGCGAUUCUCCUGCGGGCCCUCACGCUUCCGCCGCCGCAUCUUCUCAGACUGGUGCCACGCCAGCGGGUGACGGUAAGGGGGGACUUCUUCGACGGGGGCAGGUGCUGCACUGCCGCGAGCGAGAGUGGGAGGGCUACGGGUACGGGCUGCUCUGGCUCUUCGUGCAGGACGCGCCGGACCAGGGCACGGGCAACAAGAGGCACGGCGGUGGCAGUGGUGGCGAGAAGGGCACGGUUUCCGCCGCGUUGGUCUCGUUGGCGGCUGGUUAUCUGGUGUCCCUGCUAAAGGAGCCAGAGGUGUCUCAAGAGCUGUGGCCCUUGAUGACGCGGUGCAUGGAGAAUGUGGUCGCGAGGCGGAGCGUGCCGGCAAGCCUGGAGGUCCUGCGGCGAGCGAUCGCCACGCUCCCCGCCCACGAGGCGAAGAGCUGGUUUGGGGGGUCCCGCUCGAAGGAGAACAGCGUUCCGGGAGCCUUGGAGACGCUGCAGCGGACGCAAGGGCUCCUGCCGACGCUGCUGGAAGAGCUCAAGGACUACCAUGCCUCCGUUGCGUCGUAUUACGGGACAGUGGUCGGGGCACGGCCCUCGCAGCAGGGCGGAGGGGCGGCGGCGGCGGCGGCGACAGCGGUGAGGUGGGGCGUGGGCUUGAGCGAGCAGGUGCAAGCGGUGCUGAACCACGGGCGCGUCAGGGUCGAGGGGGUGACGACCCGCUACAGCCACCUGCAGCACAUACAGGCCAAGCUGGGUUUCUUGAUGUUCGCGCUGACUAACUCUAGCCUGUCCCUGGCGGAGGCGCACGUGGAUCUCUUGUGGAGGGUGCUCGUGGAGGGAGCCCUGACGCCAGAGGCAGCGGACUUGGCACUUGUCUGGCUGAGACAGGUCUGCGCGACGGUCGGGGAUGCUUCCACGCCGGCCCAGGGUGGCGCUGCUGCCGCCGCGGGGGGAGGGGGGGCGGGCGGGGGCACCGCCGGUCUGGUGGGGCCGCUCCCGGCGCUCCCCGAGGCUGCGUUAACGUACCUCUUCGAGACGAAGCUGGCCGUGGCGUCAUUUCACGGGAGUGGCUACAGGCCUGAGGUGGCCGCGCUGUUCGGCUUGCUGUUCGUGCACGUCAACUGCCGCACGAAGGCGAUCCGUCGAGACGUAAAGGCCGCCGCCGCCGCCGGCAGUGGUGCAGCAACAGCAGCCGCAGCAGCGACAGGCGCAGGAGCGGGGGCGGGCGGGGGGGUGCUUGGUAGUCAGGGCGCAGCGGUGGUCGGCGGCGGCGGGUGGGUGAGGCAUGGGAUAGACCUCGACGGGCUGGACACGCUGUGGGAGGUCGUGCUCGACGCCGCAGGCUCCCAGGCUUCCCUGGCCGCCUCCGACCUCAUCGUUGAGCUGCACCUCCGCCUCGGCCCGAAGCUCAAGUCCAAGGCCGCCAGGAUCGGCGCGGGGUUCGUGGACACGUGCCUCCACUACCUACAGGUGUCCGUGUCCCGGAUACGGUCUCUCCGCGGCCGCGCCGGGGACGCUGCUGCUCCUGCGCCGCUGCCGACGGCAUCGUCAUCGGAAGAAGAUACUGCUGUUGCCGUUGCUGAUAGCGGCAGGUUGAGAGAAGGGGCGAGCGGGUCGCGGAUUGGGUCGCGGCAUUUCCGGAGGCGAUCUUCCAGCCUCCCCCCGGAGAAGGGCAGCACCCGUCAGGGCAGGAUGAUGGGCGGCGCGUCGUCGAGGUCGACGAGCGUGGAGGGGAGGGACGUGACGAGGGCUAUGCAGCUCGAAGCGGAGCACCACGGCAGUGUGGUGGUGGGAUCCGGCCGGGGGAGCGCAGCGGCGGCGGCGGCGGCGGCGGCGGCGGCAUCUCCGCAAGCCCAGAUCGCGUCCCUGCAUCGAAGAGCCGGGCGGUGCAUACUGCUGCUGGCGAAGUUCGUGACCAAGAGCAAGGAGGAGGAGAACGGGGCCGCCUCAGGCACCACCAGGGUGCGGGUGAGCGUUGAGGUCGGACCCGAUCGCGUGCCGGUGCUAGACGUGCGCCUGCCGUUGAGCACGGUCCUGGGAGACCUGCGGUGUGAGGUGGCUCGGCGCUUUCGAGUGCCGGCGGAGUUCUUGGAGCUGGGCAGAGUGGUGCGCCGCAAGGGCAACGCGACUACAGAGGUACUGGACCAGGACGGGGCCUCGCUAGAGGCUCUCGGCCUCGUCGUCGCCGGUACCGGGAGCAAUCUCCCGAACCAUCUCCCGACCCCAAGCCCGUCGAAGACGUCGGCUCCGGCGGCAGAUGUCGCCGCCACCACCACCGUUAACUCUUCCUUCUCCUCGUCCUCGUCCCCUUCCCCGGGUUCCAACAACGCCUCCGCUGGUGCUACGAACGCUCCGCCCCCGGGCGUCGAGCUCCUGGCGAGAGUGAUCGGCGAGCCCUCUUUCCGUGGCGAUCUAGCGAGCGGCGGCAGCAACAGCAACAGCAGCAAAGCGCCGAAGAAAGACGACCGCGUCUCAAGUUCCACCGCGAGCGGAGCCGGCGGCGGCGGGGGAGGGGCGGGGGCGGGCGGCGCUGCGACGGCGGGCAAGGCGGCGGCGGAGUCCGGAGGAGGGGGGGUGGGGGGUGUUCCCGGGGCAGCGGGCGGAAACGUGGGACAGCAGAAGCAGGCUGGGGCGGAGAGGGCGGCGGGGGGGGGGGGUGGUGGUCCGCUGGCCGACCUGAUAUGCAUGGACGAUCUCCUGGACAGCUGGGCGGACGAUGAGAUCCCCGCGCGGUGGCCGAGCCUGACCGUGUCUAGCGAGCACCCCGGUGCCGUAACAGUGGUGUACAAGGACCGGCCUGGUGGGAGGAGGCAGCAGCCUUGGUCUGCGGCGGCGGUGGCGUCUUUGGCGGAGGGCACGGCGAUGCCGCCGACGGCGGGGGCCGCUAGCGUCGGCGCAGGAGGAGGAGCGACGGCGGCGGUGCCCCUUCCUGCAGACGGCGCUACCUCUGCUGAGACGACGGGAACGGUAGCAACAACAACAACAACGGGCCCGGCGAAGAAGCUGUCGUUCCGCCGGUCCGGCGCCUCUGGCAACGGGGCGGCUAAGCUGCACUCGUCGUCGUCUUUCACACUCCCGACGCGGCUGGGUCGAUGGGCACCCCGGGCGUCGUCUUCCCAUGCGGAGGACGUGGCUUCUUCCGCGGCCGCGGCAGCGGAAACGGUGGCCGAUGAUGAUGGCAGGACUACGGCCAACGGAAUCAGGUCGCCGUCGCCGCCGCCGGUGUCGGCGGGACGGCCUCUUCUCUGCGGCAGCGGCGGCGGCGGCGGCGGCGGGGGAGGCGGUGGAGGCGGCGGAGGCGGGAUCGCCGUCACUACCACGGCCACGAUGGUUGGCGCGCUGCCGUCGCUGCCUUCCUUCAGCAGCCUGCUUGCCUCGGCGCACGGCGGGAGGGGGGGCGCAGCAGCCGCGUCUGGCGGUACCACCGCCGCAGGACACGGCGACCCCCCUAGUGGUACCGCUGCGGGCGGCGGCGGCGGCGGCGGCGGCGGCGGGGACGAUGGCGUUAGCGCGACCGCGGCGGCUGAGACGGUGGGCGAACCGCAGCACAUGGACCAGCUAUUCGACAUGCUGGAGCUCGACCUGGGCAUGGACGGCGGCGGCGGCGGGGGGGGAGGGGGGGGGGGCUCCCCGGGAGGGGACUCGCGUCGUGGACUGCCGCCCAACACCGCCGUUGCUUCCCACGAACCCGGGGGAGAGGCGAGAGCUUGGGGGUCUGGCGGCCUGCGCGACGGCGGCCAGUGUGCGGCAGAACGGCGAAGAGGCGCCGGCAGUGUAGCGGGACAAAGCAAAGGGGCUUGGCGGGGGGGAGCGGCGAGGGGGGGGGGCAUCGAGCCGGCUGUCGACUACAACGCGUCCUUGUGGCACAUCCUUCAGGCGCUUCCGAUGGACCCGACCGUUCUCCGAGAUCUCCGGAGCUUGCACAAGGCGGAAAGCAGCUGGGACGCGCUCCUCGACCCCAGCCGGUGCUACAGAUUCGUGUACGCCCUCCAGGUUGUAGACGCGUUCUGCACGUCUAGGGCCAACCUGUCCGGGCCCAAGUCGGUCGAGUCCGUGCUGGCUUGGGUGCUGCGCUUUUGCCGGCUCGGGGGCGUGGAGCAUCUCGUCGCCGCGCUGGAGGUUGUCCGCAGAAAGGUCCAGGCCGUGAACGAAGCGGGGGGCGCGGCGGAGGCGUCGAGGCUGGAGGCGUGGACGCUCAGCGCCGCGCUGCUGUCCAGGGUGCUCCACCGCCUCUUCCAACUCAACGCCUCUUACUUUGAGAGCUGCCCUCCCGGCGAGAGAUGGUCCCCCGCCACCCUCUUCCACGCCUCUCCGCCGCACCUGUUAGUGGCAGCCGCGGAGGGGGCGGCGGCGGGGGCGGCGGCGGUUCCACCGGUCAAGGAGGUCCCUCUGCCGAGGCUGCUGGGCGCGAGUGCUGCCGCUGCUUCGUCUGCCAAGGAACCGGACCCGCCCGUAACGGUAACGGCCGUGGACCUGGAGUCGGUUGGCGGAAGUGUCCUCUCCGACGUGGUGCACCUACUCAUCUCGCUCCUCAGACAGAGCACGCCGGUGAAGCCGCUCGUGUCGGCCGUCGCGCACGUGCUGACUCUCGUCGGGAGCCUCUCCGGCGGCGGGCUCGCGGGGGGCGCGCGGGCCCUCGAGCGGCACCCGGCGCUCGGCAGCCUCCUGAGGGCCCUGUGCAUCCGGAUCCCGGAGUCGUCGGUGCGGCGGUCGGCGUGCUCGGUGCUGCACCGCGCCUCCGCCUGGCAGGCGCUUGGGCGGGAACCUAGCUGCUGCAGCGGGGGGGGUGUUGGUGCUGGUGCUGGUGCUGCUGGUGCCGUAGGGAGAGUGGUUGCAUCGAGAAAUGGCGGCGGUGAAGUAGCAGCAGCGUCGUCGACGGCUAGACUCGGCAAGGAUGGGCCGGAGACGAGGAACAACGAGUUGGCACGCGUGUUGCUGGCCUCUCUCCGGGCCGAUCUGGCGCGGGUGCAGGCGGUGCCCUUUGCCCGCAGCGCCGGCCCCGGUGCCGCCGUGAGGGUCGGCUUGUCUCCCGUGCGCCGGGCGAGGGGCGACGUCACGGCGACGGAUGGUUGUGGGGUCGGAGGGUCGGCGCCCAUCGUCGUGCCCCGUCUGCAUCUCGUCGAGGUCACCGCGUUUGUCGCCGGGCUGGUGCACGUGAUGCUCGAGAACGCCUCCUUGUCUUCCUUUCCGCCGCCGGCGGUGCCGCCGCGACAGCCGCGGCCGGCGGCAGGCCUGCCACAGCAGCAAGAGCUCUCGACGAACAGACAAACCGCGAGACAUCCGCAGCCGCAGCCGCAGCCGCCGCCAUUGCCCGCGCGGCCCAGCGUAUUGCCGGCCGACCGGGACGAGACUGGUACGAGCAACGAUGCGGCAAGAUUGGUCGCGAGCGUUGCCACCGCGGCCGGCGGCGUGUCCCGCGGCGCUGACACCGCGUCCGUCAACGGAGAGAGCAACGAGGGGGAACGGGAGCGGGCCUCGACUGCCGCGGAGUGGCUCCUGGAGGAGGCGGCGAGGCGGCUUGCCGCUCACGAGUUCACCGAGACAUUCGAGUCGGACGCGCCGGACCACGUGCUCAUCACCCUCCUCCACGCGCUGACGGUGGCGGUGUCGGGCUCCCCCCGCCGGAAACGCCUCGCGGAGACGCUCUUCUCUCGCCUGUCUUCUUCCUCUUCCUCUUCCUCUUCCUCCUCCUCCCCCGGUUCUUGCUCUUCCUGGGCCGCCGCGGGUGUUGCCGCUAGCGCCACUGGCGUUGCCCAUGUCCCCCGCCCGGGACUGAUACGCUUCUUGUACGAGAGGUGCUUGUUCCCGCCCGCCUCCCGAGAGCCGCCGCCGCCGCCGCCGCCACCGGCCGGAGGGAACGGCAGGCCGGUGGUGGCGGCGGCAUCGGCGGCGGCGGCAUCGGCGGCGGCGGCAUCGGCCGCAGCAGCAGCCGUGGCGGAGAGCUCGCUGGGUCCCCGGUGCAAGAAGCGGGAGUCGAGGCGGGCCGCAUUCGCGCUGCUGUCGGCGCUGUGCCGGGGCAACGAGGCGCACCUCCGGCAGGCCUUCGUGCUCCUCGGCGGCCGAGACCUCGUGACGAAGGGCUUCUUGGACUCGGACAUGGACAGCGGUAACCUCGGCAGCGAGGACGGGUCGGCGUCGGAUAGCAGCGUCGUGGCCGUCGCCGACGGGAGUCGUGGAGAGAGCCACGGUGUAGCCACAGAUGCUUCCGGCGGUGCGGGUGUGAGGUCCGGGGAGCCGUGGGAUUACGACCCCACCAGCGUGCUCAAGGAGUCCGGGCAGCACGUCGGUCUGCAGAACCAGGGAGCCACGUGCUACAUGAACUCCUUGUUGCAGCAGCUCUACCACGUGCAAGACUUCUCGCUGCAGUUGCUCGGCCUGGUCCCUGACCGACGCGCGGGGGGGGGCGAGAGCAACCAUCCCCUCCAAGAACAAGACGAGGUCCUCCUGCAACUCCAGGUCCUGUUUGCAUCCUUGCGAAUUUCUCAACGCAAGUUCUACGACACGAAGCCGUUCUGCGCAGUGUUCAUGGACUACGACGGCCAGCCUCUGCGCCACGCGGAGCAGAAGGACGUUAACGAGUUCUGCACGCACUUGCUGCACAAGCUGGAGGGAAGCAGCAAGCAGGCCGGCUCGCUGAUCGACAAGGUCUUCGGCGGGACUCUGGCGUACCAAGUUAUUUCGAGGGACUGCGAGCAUACGUCGGAGCGGACAGAGCCUUUCAUCGUUCUUACGGCAGAGGUUCAGGAUAAGGAAUCGUUGGAAGGAAGCCUGCAGCUGCUUGUGGCCGGUGAAAUGCUAACGGGGGACAAUUGCUACCUGUGCGAGAAGUGCGGGCAGCGCGUGACCGCGCAGCGCCGGUGCGCCAUCAAGCAGCUGCCCUCGACUCUCAUUGUGCACCUCAAGCGCUUCGAGUUCGACCUGAGCACCAUGCGCCGGCACAAGCUGAACCACCGCUGCUCGUUCCCGAUGGAGCUGGACAUGGCUCCCUGGACGCUAGAGAAUAUUCAACGACAGCACGGUGGUGGGCGGCUGUGGGGGGGUUCGGAAGGUAGAGGUACCGCGGAGGCCGCCGCAGCAGCUGCAGCAGCGGCUGCUUCUGAGGCGGUGACUAGCAGUAGCGCGCCGCCGACAGCAGCCGGGGGGAACGUGGGACCCGGCUUCUUCUCUGGUGACGGCGGGGCAAGCCAGGAUUCUAUAGCGGCGGUAGAUUCAACGGCAGCCGUCGGAGCCGCCUCUCCGUCCAACGCCGCCGCCGCUGCUGCCGCCGCCGCUGGUGUAGAGGGCGGGGACGGCGGCAGCGGCGGCGGGGAGACAGAGGAGAAGGAGGAGGAAGGCAAGGAGGCGGAAGCGCCUGUUGCCGCCGCUAGCGGCGGCGGCGGCGGGGGCGGGGGCGACGGUGACGGCAGCGAGGGUCCGAGGUCGCCCCCUCCAGUCGACCGCAAGCCGCUGUGGCAUCCCGAAGGAGGUGUUGAAGCGGGGACGGCGGGGGGCGAGGGCGUUGAUGGCGACGGGCGGCCCAGUUCUUCGUCCUUGCCAUAUGCGGCCGGUGCUCGAGAGGGAAGCGAGGCAUCCGGGGCCGGCGGGGGCGGCGGUUCUUCAACGAGACGGGCGGAAACGCUGUCGGAGAGGACCGAGUACAGGCUGAAGGGCAUCGUGGCGCACCAAGGGACGGCGGACCACGGGCACUACUACAGCCUCAUCCGGGCGGGCGGCGACAGGUGGCUGGAGUUCAACGACCGCCGGGUGACUCCGUACGACCCGGCCAACAUCCCCAGGGACUGCUUCGGCGGGGCCUUGACGCCGCAGGAGGGCAGGGCUUUGGACGCCUCUGCCGCCGGCGGUGGCGGCGGCAGCCUCCACGAGACCAGCGCCUACCUCCUCC